AUGCACCUCUGGAAGUUGACAUUUGGAACGGGGAGAUGGGAACGGUUGCCAUUGAGGGGGAAAUACCCAAAAAGUGCCUACGGUUCGCGUGGGAACUGUAAUGACAAGCAUCUGCUAGUUUAUGGUGGGGCUCUCCAAUAUUACUCUAAAAGCGACAACAGUCUCUUCAUCUGUGAUCUCAGCAGCCUGGAAUGGAAUGUGUUCCCGACCGUGGGGGCAAAUCCACCAGAUCUCCAUCGCCAGGGGUUCGUGAGAAUAGGGACAGACAUGUAUGUCAUCAGAGGGAUUAUGCAUAACUCUCGGCCGAUAAGCUACAGUGGUGUUUUUCACUUGGAUCUCAAGACUGGAAUAUGGACUGCACUUCCAUCCACCGAAAACCCUCACAUCGAG